UUAACCAGACGAAUUCUAUUUAUGUUAUUUUUCUACGAUAACAAUACUGAAACAAGUCUUGUCUCUUGUAUAGUCUUCAGUCGAAGUCAUAAUAACGUUUAACGUUUAACAGUGGUUAGUGUUAGUGUUUUGUUUUACAAAUACAACUUAUAACUUAUAUUAUUGAAAUUUGAAGUAAAAGUCGAAUAUGAGUGGCUGUAAAAAAUAUUUAAGCGGUGCUCAGAAGAGAAAAAAGAAGAAAGAAGAUCUUUUAAUGACAUCUGCUGUUAAGUGCAAUAAAAUAACUGGAUUUUUUUCUUUAACUAAUGAAAGUGACGAUAAACUAGUUUCAAAUGUUAUAGAAAUAGAUCAUAGUAUCUCAAAGGAAAAUAUAAACAAUGAAACUAAUAUCAAUUGUAUUGUGGAUGGUACUGUGGAUGGUAUUGUGGAUGGUAUACUUGAUGACACUAUUGAUAUAAAUAAUCAUUAUAAUAUACCAGAAGAAGUUAAUGCUAUUAGUAUUGCAUGUAUGUCAUAUGAUAAUGCCAAAAAUGUUUCCAGUAAUUUAAAAGAUAAAAUUAAUUUGCAUGUUGACUUAAAAGAAACUGUUCAGACUGAUCACUUAAACAAUACUCAUUGUUUAUCACCGGCCAAACAAAAUCAAAGUAAUAAUGGUCUUGAAAAUACUAAUUCUACUUCUGUUAAGGAUACUACGAAUAUUGGUACAAUACAUCAUGCAGAUAUUGAUGAUAACAGCUUUGAUGAAUUAACCGUUAAAGAUCCAUAUUUAAACUAUAAUAAGUCCUAAUAGUAAAGAAAAUGAAGAUACUAAAAGAAAUGCUAGACCAUUAUUAAAAAAAAUUUUAAAAAAAGAAACUGGAUACAUGGCACUUUUAUGGAAUGACAUUUUAGAAAGAUCCAACAAGACCUCAAUACAGUUGCAAACAAUAAAUUGUGAUCCUUUAAAAGCUCUUAAUUUACUUAUAUCAUUAAAGCAUUAUGUAUCAAAUUUGAGGAAGUGCAGUACAUUAUAUGAAAAUAAAAUAAAUCAACUUAGUCCUAAAAUAAAAGAGAAAUACUCCGAUGAACAAGAGAGAAUAAAAAAAAAGAAAUUUCCAAAUGACUCUGGUUGUAAUCAGGUAUCUUUAAGUGGUCAUGACAAGUUUAGAGUAGAGACUUAUUAUGUUAUUAUAGAUAGUUUUUGUUCACAAUUAGAAAAACGAAUUGAAGCUUAUAGUUUUCUAAAAAACAAUUUUUUGUUCAUCACAAAAUUACAUGUUGUUUUACCACAAGAUACUGAUGAAGAAGAAGAAGUUAAUAAAAGUCUUGAAAAUUUUAUUUUAUUGUAUAAAAAAGAUGUUGAUAAUACUAUACAAAAUGAAAUUAUACAAUUCAAAAAAUAUUGGUCUAUCAGUAAACCUUCAUAUGAUGACACACAAGAUUAUCUGCUAGAUAUUUGGAAGCAUUUCAAUGAAAAAAAUCUAUUACUUUCUUUUCCUAAUUUGUAUACUGCAAUUAAAAUAUAUCUAACCAUACCUAUUGCAAAUUGUUCGGCUGAAAGAGCAUUCUCCAAAUUAGCUCGAAUAAAAAACAAGUAUAGAACAAGCUCUUCUCAAGAAAAUUUAAAUAGUUUUAUGGUUUUGUGUUCAGAGAGUGAUGUUUUGGAGGUAAUUAAUACCGAUGAUAUAAUUAAAGAGUUUGCUGCCCAAAAAUCUAGAAAAAAAUAUUUUUAAUAAAAUUUUUAUUUUUGUAUUUAAAAAAAAAAUAAGAAAUAAAUUGAUGAAUAUAUUUUUUUUUCUGAAAUAUUUUUAUUUGUGGGUCACCAAAAUUUUGAUUAUGGAUAUGGGCCCCUAAAAUUGUUUGGCCCCAGGCCCAAAAUUAUCUUAAUCCGGGCUUGUGCGCGGA